AUGCCUCCUAAAGCCAAGAAAAAUGAGCCAAGCAAAAAAGCAGACAGCAAAAAAAAGGAAAAAAUAAUCGAGGAUAAAACUUUUGGCUUGAAAAAUAAAAAAGGAGCUAAGCAGCAAAAAUAUAUUAAAGCAGUCACUCAGCAAGUGAAAUGUGGAAACCAAAGUGCCAAGAAGCUGUCAGAAUUAGAAGCUGAAAAGAACAAGAAGAAAACUGAAAAGAGAAGUCAAAUAGAAGAAUUGAAUUUAUUAUUCAAACCUGUCCAGCCAGCUUUGAAAGGGGCUGAUCCCAAAUCAGUUUUAUGUGUGUUCUUCAAGCAAGGUCUGUGUUCGAAAGGAGACAAAUGUAAAUUUUCUCAUGACUUAGCAGUUGAAAGAAAAGGUGCCAAGAAAAAUAUUUAUGAAGACACACGUGAAGAUGAAACCAUGAACGAUUGGGAUCAAGAGAAACUGGAAGAAGUUGUAGAUAAAAAACAUGGAGAGAGCAACAAAGCAAAACCAAAAACCUCCAUUAUUUGCAAAUAUUUCCUGGAUGCUGUGGAGAACAAUAAAUAUGGUUGGUUCUGGGAAUGCCCAAAUGGGAAUGACAAGUGUAUUUAUCGGCAUUGUCUACCUGCAGGUUUUGUACUAAAGAAGGAUCAGAAAAUUUUAGAAAAGAAAGAAGAAAUUUCUUUGGAAGAAUUAAUUGAAAAAGAGAGAGCUGCUCUAUCAAAUUCUGGAACGAAAAUCACGUUGCAGACAUUUUUGGAAUGGAAAGAACGAAAGAAAAAAGAAAAGAUUGCAGCUUUAACUCUUUCUACUGAGAAGAAAAAAGCUGAGUACAAAGCUGGCCGAAUUGUUGGGAUCAGUGGAAGAGAAAUGUUUGAAUUCAACCCUGACUUGGUUGCCAUGGACGAUGAAGGUGCAGAUGAUACUUGUUAUGUUGUUGAAAGUUCAGAUGAUGAUGAUGACGACGAUGAUGAUGAUGACGACGAUGAUGACUAUGACUAUGAUAACGUUGAUGAGUACUCAAACGAAACAUAUUCUGGUCCUAUCCGUGAUAUCGAUCUGACCUCUUUUGAAGCAACUGAAAAUACUGGAAUUGGUGGUACCCAAGUUUCUCUAGAAGAGCGUAGGAUAAAAACUGAAGAAAGUAAACUUUCUGAGGCAGCUGCCCUUCCUGCAGUCAAUGGAACAGCCAGUGAUAUUCAAAUUGAUGAAGAUUUAUUUGGAGUUGCAGAUUGGCAGUAA